AUGAACGUCCAGUACAACUCGGCCCUGCGCCAGAGCAAGGCCAUUCGCAACGACCUCGAGAAGCUGUCGUCGUCCGCGGCGCAACCGGCCGCUCUGACCCCCGCCGAAAUCGGCAACGUGUCGGCCUCCCUCGCAUCCUUUUCUAAGACGGUCGACGAAUACAACAACCUGGCCCGCCAGGAGCUCGUACAGAAGAAGCAGGAAGAAGCCCUCGAGCGUGUCAAGAAGUUCCGCGACGACCUGUCCGACUUCAAGUCCCAGGUCGACUCCCUCAAGAAGGCCCGCGAAGAUGCCGUACAUAACAAUAACCGCGGCGAGCUCCUGGGGCGCCGCGCCUACGUCACGGCGACGCCCGAGAACCCUUACGCCAACAUCAACAAGUCUUCGUCCGCAUUCCACAGCCGAGGGGCCUCGACGGGCCAGGCAGCGAAUGGGCUAGGCAUGGGCGGCAACGACGUUACGAGGGAGCAGCACGCCUUGCGCGAGCAGAAUUUCUUCGACCACACAAACUCGGCGCUGGAUGAGUACAUCGCCAGGGGCCAAGCCGUGCUGGGCGACCUGGGCACGCAGCGCGAGAUGCUCAAGAACACCCAGAAGAGGCUAUAUUCGGUCGGCAACACGCUGGGCAUCUCGGGCGACACCAUCCGUAUGAUCGAGCGCCGCGCCAAGGAGGACAAGUGGAUAUUCUGGGCCGGUGUCAUCAUCUUCUUCCUCUUCUGCUGGGCCUGCAUACACUUCUUGCGGUAA